CAUGUGGGGAGAGAAAGUUAUACCAACCAACGCCUCGGUGCCAGCGUUUCUCCCCAUUGAAAAUAUUUAAUAGUGCUUGCAUCCCGUGAGGGCAAUACUGCUCAGAAUAAUAUCACAUCUUAAAAUAGCUAUAUUUGGCUCAGGUUAGUUGUAAUUGCGGAUUUCUCCCUGUGUGCCACUUUCUCCCACACACAAUCACGUACACACAAACGCGUAAGUAAUACACUAGAGGGCGCAAUGUGUUGGUUUCUCUUUAAAUCUGUGAACUGCACUCGUCGUUGGACAGCAGUGAGUGCGUGAAGACUAACUUUUUUUUAUGACAGACAAACAUUGGUCUGAGUCAGAACGAUGUUUUAUCAGUGGAUAAUGCAUUGGAUGGUGUCCGCUCAAAAUAGAUGAAUUAUUGGCGCUGCUCGGAGUGUAAGGGGAACUGGUGCUUUUAAUUUAUGAAUCCCGAGGCGCCAAUAAGACCGCUGGAUGGUUGCCACAAGGAUCACGGGCAGUGUACGUUUGGUUCGGGAACGUCCCCUCAGAUGGCAGGGUCUCCUCUUCCGAGUGAUCCAAUUGUCUCAGCUCACCUUUGAAAAUGUUCGAAACGCUUGAGCUGUUACACAUAAGUACCCCGAAGCCAUGAAGCGUGAAGCACUUUGCAAAGGACAAUUCUAAAAUUAGUUAAGUGUUGCGCGGAAAUUAUGGAGUUUCUUACCUUAAAACGUAAAUAAUGUACCACCUGGCUGUGUCGAUUCUUGGGCUGUGUGAAUUGAUCUUUUUUUUUUUGACUUUGAGACGUAAAUACGUGUUGACAAGCAUUACCAUUUCCACGAGAUUUUCAUGGGUGCAAAGAGACUACUUGGUAAACAUCGAGCGGCUACAACGAAGGAUCCCCUGUCUCUAAUUCACCGGCUGUGCCUGUGACUUUUUCAUUCACAAAAUUGAUCUUUGCGAGAUUACACGUAUCAUGAAUGUUGAUGUGAUUUAGAGUUAAAGGCAACUUUUACGGAUGCUGUUGUAAACGUUGGCAUAAAGAAAUACUCAGAAAACAGAACAGUUGUUGGUUGACAUUUUAACUUCACGAAGGAACCUGGAUUUUUAUUUGUUUUACCUCACCACAACCUGCACCCUCGGCAGUUACCUUCACCAAGUUUUUUACGUCCCUCCCCUCUAGAGCCUAUCGACCGUCCGUCAACAGUACGCUGCCAGUAUGUGGACACCUUUACCGGGGUGCCUGAGAGUCUCCAUAGUGGUGAUGCUGGUCAGCCUGAGGUUUCUGCAUAGCCAGCAUGCUGCGGAUCACCCUAGGGCUGCUGCGCAGAGGCCUGAGCUCCAGCAGGAUCCUCCUGUCCACCAGAGGGAGCCCUCUGGCUCGUGGGGGUCCUGGGGGCCGUGGGCAGAGUGCUCGCGCAGCUGUGGAGGUGGGGCGCAGGAGCAGACCAGACCCUGCCUUCCGGCCUACGCUUCGCCCGCAGCUCCCCCAUACCCCUCUCACCCCGGUGGUCAGCCCCUGUCGCCAGGCCUGGUGGUGUCCGCCCUGCGCCCGUCUGUGCCGCUGUACCGCGAGGCCGGAUACCCUGUCAAUGCCAACAACUCGCAGGUGGGCGACGCCAGGACUCAGGCGCGAGUGAGCCGCCCUGAGAGAAGGAGGGGUGGAAAUGGCCCCAUCGUCCCGGGGAAGUACGGCUAUGGCCGCAUGCCUUACAUGGUGUCCGUCCAGAAGGACCCGGGCUCCCUUCCCCCGCACUCACACCGGCAGAGGCGCUCCGUUUACAGGGACGGCCGGCCCGGCAGCCCCCGGCAGACCUUCAGAGCUCACAGCCCCUAUCACAGCUACGGCGGCUCCCACCACCAGACCCCCAUCUCCCAGCCGCGGGGCGGCUCCCACCACCAGACCCCCAUCUCCCAGCCGCAGGGCGGCUCAGCCUGGGUGUCCCUGCAUCAGCCCAGCACAGACCCACAGCAGCAGGCCUCGGACGCAGCCAGGCCCUACAACCCACUGCCCACCUCCUCCUGCGCCGGCUCACCCAGCCAGUACAGGGUCUGCAACACAAGUCCCUGCCCAGCCUCCAGCAGGAGCAUCCGGGAGGUACAGUGCUCCUCCUACAACACCCAGCCUUUCAUGGGCCGCCUGUACCAGUGGGAGCCCUUCAACGAGGUUCCUGGCGAUCAACACUGCGAGCUGAACUGUCGAGCUAUCGGGUUCCGGUUUUAUGUGCGCCAGUCUGACCGGGUCGUCGACGGAACGCCGUGCGGACUGAACAACUCCUCCGUCUGUGUGGCAGGGAGGUGCCAGACUCUGGGCUGUGAUGAGUACCUUGGCUCAGGGAGGGUGAUGGAUAAAUGUGGUGUGUGCGGCGGAGACAACUCGGCCUGCCGACUGGUGUCGGGCCUCUUCAAGCACAGCCUGACCAAGGUGGGCUACCACAAGAUCGUAGAGAUCCCGGAGGGUGCCAUCAAGAUCAACGUCACCGAGAUGAUGAAGAGUCGCAACUACCUCGCUCUGCGCAGUCGAUCAGGGCGCUCCAUCAUCAAUGGCAACUGGGCCAUCGACCGCCCCGGGAAGUAUGAGGGCGUGGGGACCAUGUUCACGUACCGGCGGCCCAACGAGAUCAGCAGCACGUCGGGCGAGUCUUUCCUGGCCGAGGGGCCAACCAAUGAGAUCCUGGAUGUCUAUAUGAUCUAUCAGCAGCCCAAUCCUGGCGUUCAAUACGAGUUCAUCCUUCCCCUGGAUAACGGCGGCGGCCCCCACUUCCCCACUGAUGGCAGUGCAGGAGGGAACACGGUUAACGGCCAGGGUGUGACUGACCACUACGGUGGGUCCAGCCAGGGGUCUCAGGGCGGAUACCCACCCCAGGUGCCCGACAACCAGGUGCCACAGCCCCAGCCUCCCCGCUGGCAGCGGGAGUACAACUGGAAGCUUACCGCCACCACAGACUGCAGCGCCACCUGUGGCAAAGGUAGCAGGUACACCGUGUUCAGCUGUGUCCACAGAAUCAGCCAUGCGCAGGUGUCAGAGACAAUGUGUGACCGAGCCACCAGGCCCAGCCCUCAGGAAGAGCCCUGCAAUACAGAGCCCUGUCCAGCCUUCUGGGACAUUGGCGAGUGGUCGGAGUGCAGUAAGACCUGCGGGCUGGGCAUGCAGCACAGGCAGGUGCUGUGCAGGCAGGUGUACGCCAACCGCACCCUCAACGUGCACACCAGCCGCUGCCGCCACCUGGAACGGCCUGAGACGGCCAGCACGUGCCAGCUCAAGAUCUGCAGCGAGUGGCAGAUCCGCUCAGAGUGGAGUACCUGCUCAGUGCCAUGUGGCGUGGGGCAGAAGAGGCGAGACGUGCACUGCCUCAGUAACGUGGGGGAUGUGGUUGCUGACGAGGAGUGCAACAUGAACCUGAGACCCACUGACGUGGAGAACUGUGACAUGGGACCCUGCGCCAAGAGCUGGUUUUUCACCGAGUGGGGCAGUCGGUGCUCUGCGGAAUGUGGGAUGGGUCUGCGCACCCGUGGAGUCCUGUGUCUCAUGAAUCACAUCAGCAGUCUGCCACUGGAGGGCUGCGGCUCAGAGCGCCCCCCAGAGACAGAAGUGUGCAACCACGGGCCAUGCGACAGCCGCAUUGAAUGGUACACUGGGCCUUGGACUCAGUGUUCGGCCGACUGUGGCCGGGGGACACAGCAGCGGUCAGUGGCAUGCCUGAUGAGCUCUGAUGACGGCUUCACCGUGAUGCCCCAGUACGAGUGCUCCUCCCUGGACAAACCCCUCGGCCAGCAGAGCUGCCAGAUCAAAGCCUGUGGAGCCAAGUGGUACCACACUGAUUGGAGUGCGUGCUCUAAGACAUGCGAGGGUGGCUUCCGGAUCCGGGAGGUGCGUUGUCUCUCGGACGACAUGCUGUCUACAGAGGGCUGUGAAGAGCACCUAAAGCUUCCAGACAAAGAGGAGUGCAGCCCUGAGCCCUGCAUCCCUCAGAUAGAUGAGAACUGUCGGGACAAAUACUUCAACUGCAACGUGGUGGUCCAGGCUCGCCUGUGUGUGUACAACUACUACAGUAUGGCCUGCUGUGCGUCCUGCUCGCGUGUUCCCCACAGAACCUCGGGGUUCAGAGGCCGCCGAUAGCACCCCCAUCCUGAUCUGCACUUCUACGGCUCCCCCAGACUCGGACUACAUUGAUCCCUGACCGCAGCAUACACUGGCCCCAGGGAAGCACUACGGGAGGGAGCCGCUCUUAGACUUAUAAUGCCGAUAUUAAAAGGAGUGCCCGGAUUUCACAUUGGGAGAACGUUUGGGCUUUUGGAGAGACAGCAAGAGCUAAAUCAAAGGACAGGGUGUUGAGAGGAGGCCAUUUUGGGAGGUCCAGAAGUUGUCUUUUUCAGAUGGAGGAAAAGUGUAUGUCUUCAGCCCUGUGCUGGAGGAACUAUCCUCUCUCAGCCAAUUCUGAACCCUUGACAUGACAAACUCCAAGAGUCAUGAAACACUGGGGCUCACCUUGACCUUGAGGCUGCUGGAUCAAGGGAUGGCGCAGGUCACAAGUCAGAACAGCCCUUUCAGGAAGAGGACGGACAAACAAUGUCACAUAUUCAGACACAAGUGGGAGAAUUGAACAAAGAGGAAAACAACUUUAUGGAUAGUACUGAAUUGAUGUAAUGAUGCUAUGUAUAAAUGUACACAUUUUUAUAGGAUUUUCUACAAACAAAAAAAAAACAAAAAAAAAAAACUCAUAUUUAUGACAAUAUUAUUAAUUACUGUCUAUGAUGUGAUGCAUACUUCCACUUGCUCCGUCAGACUCGUCCCCUAGGCGACGGCCCUGCUCCCUGGGCUGUCAUAUCAGAAGGGGUGAUGAUGCUGGCCCACACAGAAGGUGCAUCGGAGCCUGUGGGCAUUAAAACACAGACAUAACUAUUAUAAGAACAUGCUCUCAUGUGCACUGGAAAAUAAUGCACACGAUGGCCAUAUCGCCGUAUUGCCCUGUCACAUUGUCUCACUUGAUAAAACAAUAUCAAAAGCAGAGCAAGUAUACCUGGAAACAACUGAAACACACCAUGAAUCAUCGAUGAAUCGCAAACUCCAAGACACAGAUCGAUGCAGUGUUGAAUGAUAAUGUGGAUGUUUUCUGAUGAUCCUGUCCUUAAACAUUAAUAAGUAAUACGUGCAGGUCCAAGGCACAUUGUUUUAGGGGUCAUACCUUCAGUUAGGAUUAAGCUACAAUGAAGUGCAUAUAUCAAUAUAGAUUUACAUGUGUUCCUGUAACAGGGAAUUUCCUCUCUAAAUACAAAGUAACUUGAAAAUGAUCACACAGUUUGGCAACCACAAAACUGAAGAAUAUUCAGUUGUACUAAGCAAUUCCAUUAUCACAAUAACCAAUCUGUCAUUUUCUCGUGAUAAGAAGACACCAUUACGAUGAGGAUUUGGCAUGACGGGGAAGUUGAGAUAAUAAACUACUAAUUUAUACAACUA